CGAAAAGUUGAACGCAAACACCAACGCAGAUAUCUGCACGGUGCCGCAGAGUUCCGUUUCGCCGCAGAGAGUGAUGGUGAUGGGGUCAGGCUAGUGGAAACGUUGCGAAAAGAUCACAAUAAUCUGGUCUGGAACUAGUGAGACGACGCUGAAUCCGACGGAGCACACGGCCCGACGGAAGCAAAGCAAGGGCGGAAAAGCUGGUACCCGCCAUAGCAGCAGGAUCCUUCUCAAAGGAGCCGAGAGUUCUUCGAUCUUGAUAAGAGCACGAGCAAUAUUGUUCCAAUAAACGGAUUAGAGGAGACGGUGAUGAUUGUACAAGAACCAGUUCAGGCCGCAAUAUGGCACUGUCUGAAUCAUUACGACUACCAGGAUGCCAUUUUUCUAGCCGAAAGACUAUGUGCCGAAGUGGAAUCCGAAGAAAGCGUUUUCCUGCUGGCCACCUGCUACUACCGCGCUGGUCAAAAGCACCAAGCACAUUGGCUGCUUUCGACAAAAAGUGUCCGCUCCACCCAGUGUCGGUUUUUGCUCUCCAAAUGUGCUUUUGACUUGAAGAAGUACUCAGAGGCCGAACACUCGUUAACCAACGAUGAUCAUUUGCGGCCACGCCAUUUGGAUGAAAUUGUCAAAGAAUUUGGCGAUAUCGCCUGCUUUGCGCUGCAACUGGUUUCCAAAAUCUGUCACAAGACUGAACGAGGUGGGCUGGCGAACGACGCCAGCCGGAAGGCCGUAAAGCUGAAUCCUUUCCUGUGGCACCCGUUUGCGGACCUGUGCAAUCGUGGCGAAAAGCCCGAUCCGGAUAGCAUAUUUCAGCUUACGAGCACCGAUAUCUUCCAAACGAGCCAGGCUCAACAGUUGAACUCCGUCGUGCUGUUUGGCGGGGCGAACAAUGGGGGCAUUCAUUUACCGGAUGCAGCGGGCGAUGGUUGCAGCUUGAUUGGUGGAUCGGUUGAUCAGCCUACUACGCCAAUCGAUCAAUGUCUCGGGCAGAAUUUCAUCAACACACCCAUCAAUCAGCAUCCGCCGCAGCAGGGAGCACCGGUGUUGCAAGGGCACGCUGCGUACUGUGGAAGUCAGCAGGGAUUAAAUCAGCACCAAAGUAUGGCCAAUUCGUUACACUUUAGCAGUUCGGCGGCAGCGAUGCGGGUUGGCGGAGGCAACUUGAGUGCCGAUGAGCAGCUCCACACACCGACCUACCCACUGUCAGAUCUUAGCACACCAUUCCGGAAGCAGCUGAAAUAUUUCUCCACUAUGAGCCCCUCGUCACCGAGCUUCGGAGUGUUGCCGAUUGUGAACACUCCGACGGAGCCCGUGGCUUUCCUAUUGACGCCGUCACCGCAGCUGGUGUCAAGUUGUACGCCCACCGUACAGCAACAAGCCGCCCUGCUGGCUGACCACGGUGGUCUGGUGGAUCCGCAAUCGGUGGCAAUCCAAAGCAAUCCAAAAAUGGCACUCUCGAGUAGCAACAAAAAACUGCGCGGCGGACACCACACCAGCAAUCUCGGUUCGAUGGGCAACAUCCUGAAUCGAAAGCACGAGGCGUCACCACACCAUCAUCACCAUCAUCACCAGCAGCAACCGGCGGCGAUUCAGCUGCUGCAGCAGCAAAGUACAAACACGAAGCCGAUCGUUUUCAGUCAAACGGGCAACCAGAUGACGACCCCGCGGACACCGAACACUACCACGGCCGGCGCGCUGCUGCAGGGACAGAACGUGCGCCGCAGUUCGCGGCUCUUCAGCAACAGCAACUAUUCGGUAAAGGAGAACGCAAAGAGUCCUCAGUUGAACAACAAGUUUGUAGCGCCCCGGUCACCGCCCCGCCGAACCAAGCAGCGCAUUUCAAAGACAAUCAACAUCGCGGCGACGACGCUGCUGGAAAACAUCCCCGAGAAAAAGACAGCCGGCAGUGGCCACGAGGCAUCGAGGGAGAAGAUCGAAACCGUUACCUCAACCGUGGGCGAAGGAGUGCCGUCGCUGAACGAGAAGGUGCUGCUGAACAAUAGCAUCAACAGUGCGCAACGGUUGGCCCAGCAGGUGUUGCAGUUGAAGAAGCAAAGUGCCGACGGUCUGAUGACGUUGCUAAGGGAGUUGGGUCAUGGCUACCGGCGGUUGCUAAGCUACGAGUGUGAGAAAGCGGUGGAGACGUUCUCGAACGUACCACUGCACCACUACGAGAGUAGCUGGGUGAAGAGCAUGAUCGCGCUGGCCCACCACGAGUUGCGGGAUUACGAAACGGCGGUGCAAUUUUUCCACGACGUUCACGAAAAGGAACCGCACCGGCUACAGUACAUGGAGAUUUACAGUACCGAUCUGUGGCACCUACAGAAGGACGUCGUACUGUCCGCCUUGGCGCGGGAUCUGAUGGCGCAAGACAAAACGUCGCCCGUUACGUGGUGUGUGGCCGGCAAUUGCUUUUCCGCGCACAAGGAACACGAAACGGCCAUCAAGUUCCUGUUCCGGGCGAUCCAGGUGGACGAGGAGUUUGCGUACAGCUACGCGCUACUCGGGCACGAGCUCGUGAUGACCGAGGAACUCGAGAAGGCGCUCUCGAUGUACCGGCUGGCAGUCCUACACGAUCCGCGGCACUACAACGCUUGGUUCGGUAUCGGCACGGUAUACUGCAAACAGGAGCGCCACGAGCUGGCCGAGUUGCACUAUCGCAAAGCCUUACAGAUCAAUCCGCGGAACUCCGUCAUCAUGGUGCACAUCGCCGUGAUGCAGUUCUACCUGCGCAAAGCGCAGCAGGCAAUCCACACGCUGAACGCUGCCAUUGCGCUCGAUCCGAAGAAUCCACAGUGUAAAUAUCACCGCGGUUCGAUGUUUUUCACGCUCGGCCGCUACCAGGAAGCGCUGAAGGAGCUGGAGGAGCUCAAGCAGAUAGUGCCGAAGGAGGCCAUGGUCUACUAUCUGAUGGGAAAGAUCUACAAAAAGCUGGGCAACGUGGACCUGGCACUGAUGCAUCUCAGCUGGGCCACGGAUCUGGGCUCGAAGGGUGCCAAUAAUCAGAUUAAGGACAACUUUGAUUCCAUCAUAAGCACUCAGGACGGCGAUGGUAGCGUAACAGAGGGCGGUGCGGAUGCAGCCGAUACCAGCAGUGGAGCGGAGGACAUCAUAGGAGGCAAUUGUAGUGGUGCCGGCGGUGUCGGUGGCGGUAGCGGCAAUGGAGUCGAUGGUAGCACAGCCGAUGGUGCCGGCGGCACCGGGGCCGAUGAGCUCAUCGAUGAAGCGGGCAUCGCCGAAGCUCACGACGCUGAGGCGGGUAGCAGUAGCAUCGAUCCGGACUAUUCGCUCGGCGUGGAGCAAGUUUCUAGCGAUGACUCGGGAACCGUCGCCGGAAUGCGCAUCGAGUCGCUCGAUGUAAUAGCAAACAAUUUCUACGACAGUGACAGCUACUGAGCCGUCACCGCCACUGAAAGUUGUGUUUCCAAGAAGUCUCGGACCCGAAACUGCCACCUGCAAAACAGCAAACAAACGUUGAACCGAGUAAAACGGAAACCGGGGCGUGUGUGAUCAUAUGUAGAAAAUCUAAACAUUGGUAUCCUAAUUAUGUUUUAUGAGCGAGCGCGAGUCAGUGUCACAGAGUUGAAAGUUACGCAAAUUCCUCAUCCAUUAUGCUAGAGCCGCGGCGGUCUCGUUCUUCCUUCCUUCCUACCAAACCUUCUCUCAUCUCACUCACAGUGGUCUGCUUACGAGUAAUAUUGAUAGUUCCCGAGCGGUGGUUUCCAAAUUCGUUCAUUCAUUCUCUUUUGAUUUGUUGUCCAAUUUGUAAGCCUUAAGUGUAGUAGUUCGUUUCCAAUUAAUUUCCACGGCUAUGCCACCAAAAUGAU